CGGGCACAGCCCCCAGUAUAAGACUCCCCCAACCAGGAGAUGGCUGGCCAAAGAGGCUGGGCCCCGCCAUGGGCCAGAAGGCAGGCGACCUUGGCUGGCGGCUCGGCCUUUUGCUGCUCUCUUUGCUCCUUGUUCAAGCUGGUGUUUGGGGAUUCCCGAGGCCGCCAGGGAGGCCCACGCUGAGCCUGCAGGAGUGGCGGAGGGAGUUCAAGGUCAGCCUACAGCUCGCCAGGAAACUGCUCUCCGAGGUUCGGGCCCAGGCCCACCGCUUUGCUGACUCCCAUCUGCCAGGAGUGAACCUGGACCUCCUGCCCCUGGGACAGCAGCUCCCCAACAUUUCCCUGACCUUCCAGGCCUGGCGCAAUCUCUCGGACGCAGAGCGCCUCUGCUUCCUCUCCACGUCCCUUCGUCCCUUCCAAGCCCUGCUGGGAGGACUGGGGAGCCAGGGGGGCUGGGCCAGCCUGGAGAGGGUGCAGCUGUGGACCAUGAGACUGGAUCUCCGAGAUUUGCAGCGGCAUCUGCGCUUCCAGGUGCUGGCUGCAGGACUCCACCUCCCCGAGGAAGAGGGGAAGGGGCUGCUCCCAGGGGCUCUGGGCGGCCCCUCUCACACGUCAGCCCAGGUGUCCUGGCCCCAGCUCCUGUUCACCUACCAGCUGCUGCACUCCCUGGAGCUUGUCUUGGCUCGGACCGUGUGGGACUUACUGCUGCUCUCCCAGGCUGGGAACCCGGCCCAGGUCUUGGGGUGUCCAACACUGGCUGGCUCCCGGGCCUGAAGCGGUGGUUUCUAGCCCCUUCUCUUCCA